AGCGUGGAUCCUGGCCUGGCCGGUCUGCUGGGGCGACGGGCACCGCGCUCCAAACAGCCCUUCAUGGUCACGUUUUUCAGGGCGAGCCCCAGCCCCAUCCGGGCCCCUCGGGCGGUGAGGCCCCUGAGGAGGCGGCUGCUGAAGAAGACCAACGAGCUGCCGCAGCCCAACAGGCUCCCGGGGAUCUUUGAUGGCGCCCACGGCUCUCACGGUCGGCAGGUGUGCCGUCGGCACGAGCUCUAUGUCAGCUUCCAGGACCUCGGCUGGCUGGUGCACCUGAUGAAGCCAGACGCGGUGCCCAAGGCGUGCUGCGCGCCCACCAAGCUGAGCGCCACCUCCGUGCUCUACUAUGACAGCAGCAACAACGUCAUCCUGCGCAAACACCGCAACAUGGUGGUCAAGGCCUGCGGCUGCCACUGAGGCCCCGCCGGCCGCUGCGGCGUCUCCCGCCGGGGUCAGCCCCGCUCCAGAGGCGGAGGCCCUCAGAUGCCACCGUAGCUCUGGAGGGGCCGAAGGGAGGGCUCUCCUAUCUGCCCCAUUCAGCCAGGGUCUGGUCGGUCCUCUCCAGCCCCUGCGCCCCUUCCCCAGGUCUGUGGUUUGUCCCACCCCAACCUGUGGGGACGGCUGCACACAGCAGCCAUGGUGUCAGCACAGGGGCCUGUCUUAGGACUGUCCUUGGCCUUCGUGGCCCAUACUGUGGAUGACCCAGGCCAGUCUGAGUGUACAGCUGGCUGGUUGGGCCAAGGUUCGGGGGUGGGAGCAGGGGUUGCCCCUUUCCAGGACAACAUGGGCAUUUCCAGGGCCGAGACACGUGCAUGUCCUCAGUAGUAAGCACAUCAGAGAAAGAACAAGCCAGAGGGGCUCCUGCCCUGGGCCUGCCCUCCUGCCUGGAGAGGCCUGACUCCCAGAGAAGCAAGAAAUCUCAGGGGCUUCCAGUUCCUUCACUGCCCCCAGGUGGGGCUCAGCACUGGACAAAGGUAACUCUUAGCAGAAGCAAGGGCAGUGUGUGCAGCGAGCGGCGGUGCUGGCAGACUCGCGGCACAGACCUCACCACUGCCCAGCCUCUCCCCAUGGCCGUCAGUGAGCACCCGGGUUCUUUCCCCGCUGAAUGUGGACAGGGUCUCAAAAACCUCAACACAAACCUUUCAGAGCUGAGACGAACAGGCUUCCGCUCCUCCCUGUAGGGAGCAAUGCAUUCCCCGGAGCAGAGGGCCUAGGCCACCUCUGGCCAGGCAAAGGGCAAAGGUGGCCACCGUCGGUGUCUGCUGGAGUCUAGAAGGUAGGAACAGACUGCUCACCCUGUGCCCUGUUUCUUGGGGCCUGUGAGCCCAAGAAAAGGCCUCUGUCCCAGGGGAGUGACAGGCGGUAAUUAGGGUGAGCUGGGUGGGAAGGUUCCCGGAAACCACUGUUCUCCUUGGAGCAGCCGAGGCAGUGGGAGUGUUGAUUUGAUUUCUAACUUGCUAACCCUGUAAUUUACCUGCUGGAGCAGACAGUCCAGCUGCCUGAACCCUGAAAUACUGUGUCGUUAAUAGCAGAUCCUGGGCCCACCCCAACCCACAGGCACGGCCCACAGAGGCAGAACGACCCGUGUGCCCAAGGACACGCACCCUGGGAUCCACUCUGCACCCUGAGGGCAGGCUCCGGGAGAGCAGGUCUGGGGCAGGGGUGGAGGCUGGGCCAGGCUGCAGCCCUGACCCCUGGACCGGGAGGUACUCUGGGAGAGAUUGCCGAGGAAGAGGCCCUUCCCGUGUACACAGAGGAUAGUCCCAGACUGUCUGGAAGGCAGGGAGCUCCCCAUUCGCCGGGGGCUUUGAGCUCAGGCUGGCAGGGAUCGGACCAGGCAUUGGCAGGAAUGUCAGAUCUGUAUUCUGGUUCCAACUCAGCCAGCCACUGACCUGUGUGCUGUCUGAACAUCUCCCUC